AGGAAUGAAGCAUCUGUCAGUCUGAAAACUUUAUAUAUAGGAAUUUGGUUAGUGAACUAGUGGUAGUUGAUGAUUUUUUAGUGUUUUUAAGGUGUGUUUGUGUACGAUAAUUAAUUAUUUCAGUACUUAUUUUCAAAAUUGAAAAUAUAAAUGUGUUCUCCUUCGUAACGAAGAGUGAUAAAAUGAACCCAGAUGAUCACGAGGACAAUAAUUGGCUCAACGGCUGGGAACAACAAUGUGUAGAAUCAAUCGAGGGACAACCAGAUUAUGAACAAUCUCUGAAUGCAGAAUCUGAUAAUUCCACUACUAAAAUAUGGAAUGGUUUUCAGGAAUCAGCCACACAUAUAGCCCAGUUAUAUCGAGAUCGUUAUGCAGGAGAUCCGGGAGCCUUAUGGUUACAAUUUCAGAUGGCAGCUAGUUCAGUUACUUCUCUGUAUAAAGAAUCAUGUGAAAGCUUGAAAAGAUCUAAUGAAAUAGCUAAACAAUUAGGCCAUCAAAAAAGAAAUACAGAACUAUUGAAUUGGGUAAAGAGAAAAAGGAGAUUGAUACGAAGAGAAGACCUUUUAGCGUACUUAUCUGGUAAACCACCACCUCCAAGACAGAACCAUUUUCAUCACCAUUCACAUCAUAGGUUAUCUCCCAGACCACGAAAUAUAUCUCCGCCUCCAGGAGUGUCACCACCAGCUUCUUUAGGUUUAGAUACCGAUCUUCAUACUUUUCGAGAAGCUCUUUUUAGGGCCCCUCUAAGUAAGAGAACUACCUCAGAUUUAUGCUCAUUCAUACAAGGUGAAAUGGCUCGUCAUUGCAAGAGACCAGCCAGUCCCUCCGAUGUUACAAUGGACAGUCCUACACAGCAAAAAAAACCGCGGUUCAUGUGAAGUGGAAAAAUUUCCCAGUUUCCGAUGUGAUCACUACCUAUUGAGAAUUUUCAUGUAUAUAAAGCGAAUCGAAUUCUAUAUACCUGUACGAUACUGAUAUUGAAGAAUCAGAACGGAAUUUAAGAUGAUACAGCUGGUAUUCGAUUAUUCAUGAUACAUGAAUAUUUUAUUGUGCUUUAUAUUUUAAUUUACUUUGUUAAAUAAUUGUACCAGCUAGUUGUUCUUGAAGUAUCUUAUGAGGCAAUUGUAUAUUUUUUGUUUUGGAUAAAAAUCUUAGUUUUGUCUCAGGUAUAUUUCAUUAUUUAUUAAAAUUUAAAUUAAGAACUUAUUACCAAAGAUAAUAUUCGAGUAAUAUAUAUAUAUAUAUAUAAGUUUUAUCUUCGGUAAUAAGUUCAAUCGCGAAAAUACAAUGAUGCCUUUUCUUUUGAAAUCUGAAUAUUGUUAAAUUUCCACAAAAAAAUUUGAAUAUUUUUAAAAAUAAAGGAAAUACCCCGUAAAAUUCUUUUAAUAAGUAUUAAAAGAAAUAAGUAUAAUUCGACAGAAUUAAAAGCAAUAUUCACACAAAAGAAAUAUAUAUUAUAAUAUUCAUAUUAUUUUCUCAUUCUAGGUCUGUUUCAAUUUGAAAGUCAGGAAAGGUUACUAUUUGAGAGAGAUUAUUGUGUACAAUCUCGGAGAUAUAUCGAAGGAAAAGGUGUUAUUAACAGAAUUAAUUUUAAAAUUAAUGUUGAAUUGAAUCUUAAAUAGAACGGUUCAACCAAAUCUAAAAACACAUUCAUGGUUUGUUCCAAUUUAAAUGGCAGGUCCUAGAAUAUUUAAAAUUUAACUAUUUGAAAGAGAUUUCUGCGAAAAAUCUCAACGGGAUUUAUUGAAGGAAACGGCUUUAUUAAGAGACAGUUACUUUUAAAAUAAAGUUAAAUUAAACUUUAAAUAGAAUGGUAAAACCAAAUGUAAAAAUCUGAAAUGGAAUAAAAAAAUUUUCAAGAAAAAAUUCCAUUAUGUAAAUAAAGAUUUAUACAAAUUA